AUGGAAGACCCGACAGGAUACAAACCUGUAGCAGUGUCAUCAAAUGGUCUCCGGACAACGUCCAUUGUUCUCGGGAAGGAGAGCAGGGAAAGCAUAGUUACAACUGGAGGCGGCGGAGCUGCCAGGCAUAGUGUUAUUGGUGUUUCUGUCUCUGAUGGGAGUCGGAAAACGACGUUUGCAAGUUUUCGUCAAUCUGGCGGGAGUCAAAAGCUCGCAUCGCCUCGCGCCGCUCGUCGGUCCAUCUAUGCUAAGGCGGCAAAACUUGAUAAACGGGCACCAGACGGGUCACUAAAAUUUGUAGGAAUUCCCGUAGGAGGUGGAUCGUCCAUGGAUCAGAGUGAAGGUGAACCGGAGAAAUCUCUGGCCUUUCACACUUGCUUGAUCCGCCGACACGAUGAGUUCUGGUCAAACAAAAUCUCAGUACGAUCCGACACAGAGCCUCCUCCUGAGAUUUUGUGUGUACAUUAUGAUAUCUCAGAAAAGAACUUGUUUCUAGGGCUAAGCACUGGGACGCUCAUGGUAUGGAAAGACGCAUUUGAACCUGCCACUUCUUCCGAUGCUCAGUCAUCGUCCAAUAACGACCAUACUGUUAUAAAAGCAAAAGAGCACUCAGGCGCAAUCAGUUCUUUGGUCUUCGUUAGGACUCUUGCUCCGGAUCGGGCGCUCCGAGACGAUUGCAAAAAUCAACGGAAUGAACAAAAGCUGGGCGUGCCUGCCUCGGCUACUCUGCAAGGAGCUCUUGUCCACUCGAGAUCUGUUGAGCACGAGGGUGGCUUUCUAUUCACUGGGUCUGCUGACAGGAACAUCAAGCUCUGGGUCGUGGAACCAAGGAGGCUAGCAUGUGUGCGGACGCUCUGUUUCCAUGGCGGCACUGUUGUCUCCCUUGCAUUCUGCUUCCCAUACCUUUUCUCGGCUUCCACCGAUGGCACUGUUCUAAUAUGCCGAGCUGACCCGACGACGGGGAGCCUGAAAUACCCCCAGUUCACUGUCGCGGAAAGGAUUUUCGCGCACAGUAUUUAUCACCCCUCAACGAAGCUCGUCCUGUCCAACAAGCAGGCGUGGUACGACAGCCUCGCAGUGCGCUGCAACGGAGAUCGCAUAUGCCUGUACUGUGGAGCCACGGAUGGAUCACUUCUUGUCCUGGAUAACACACAGACGAACGUCCCAGCGAAACCCGUUGUGGGCAGAGGAGGAGCUCCUCCUAUCAAUCUGCAUACACAGCAACGAGCGACGGUGUGGUCGGAAGCCAGAGAACGCGCCAGUACGGCGCUGGGGCGAGGAAGACUCUACAGCAGUUUGUUGUGCAACACAUCCUGCUGGGGAAGUAUCAUAGGACAGGAAGCAGGAGAGGAUGUGGGCCACCAGGGGAAACACCUAACAGGCGCAGCGUCCCCUGCCCGCGAUACCAUCCAGAGUGUCGCGGUAGCGGUCCCUUUCCGACUGCAGAAUAAGCUAACAGUUCAUGCUCUGGGCCUCCGACAAGUCUACGCGUUGCCUCUGGAGUCCGCAGUGGCAACUCUUGGCGGCGAAGCGUCGAUCUCCGUUGUUGACCCGGUGGCUGGUCAGACCUCAUGGAAAGAAGAAAAUCCGGAAGGUUGCUGUUACUCCGCAUGCGCUUGGAUAAGCUCCUUAAACCUCCUGCUCGUCGGGGACGACUACGGAUGCCUCUCUUUCUACAACAUAUACUCCAAAGAGCGUGUCCAUUCGCAGCGGGUCACGGAGCAUCGAAUUGUUUCCUUGUGCCUCGCAAGCAAUGCAUUGCAUGUGGUUGUUGGUACCGCCCACGAAUUGCUUCUAGUGGAACUCGUCGAGGCGGCAGAAGAGGUUGCGCUCACCGGUCACCAAGGUCACCACAUUCACAUCAACAGCGUCACCGGUAUGUGCUGUUGGCGGCCCACAUCGACCGCGAAGCUCGAAGACCGUAGGAGAAGCAAGGUUGUCACUAUUGCUGACAGUGACGAUGUCAACUCAAACGUAAUUGAACACAGUGGAAUCAGACCGAACGGGGAGCACGAUAUGGCUUCCACACCACCUAUCUAUCAGGUGUUGACAUGCGGUUAUGACGGCCGACUAAACGUCACUGAGAUCCGAGCCGACGCAGAGACAGGCGAAAUAACAACAAAAUUCGUUGAUGGAAUCACUUGCUUGUCCAGCGCAGGCGUAAAUCUCAUCUCAGGAUCCUUGGACAAGUCAAUUCGAAUUUGGGACGUAGACGGAGCGGAAUGUACUCGGGUGCUGAACAACCAGCCCGAACCGAUCUGUUGUAUCGUGCCUCUUAACGAAGAUUACAUCGACAUGUGGGCUGGCAUCUCCUCGUCUGGACUCGUCUGUGUCUGGGAUUCUAGUUGCCACCUAGUUCUGUCGAAAACAAUCGGCGAGAGCAUCGGCUGCUGCGUGUGCGUCGGCAAACUGGGUCAACUGUUUCUCGGCACUGGUAAGGGCCAGCCGUUUCCGCUCGCAAAUUAUAUAUCUCACAGUGUGCUUCUCAGCGAAACGAGGUCGUUGAUCAAGACCUCCCCAGCUGGACCAUACACUACUCUGACAAACACGAAAAUCUUCGUUUCGCUAAGCGACGGUGCACUCAGUGGUUCGUAA